ACCUGCGUGUUUGUCCUAACAGCAAAACAGCGGCUAUGGAGACAUGUAUGCACUCAAGAUAACCCGAAAUAUUUUUUGUUUAGUGGAGAAAUGGAGGAUCUCAGGUCAUAAAUUCUGAUAAUGACAAUAUUUGGAAUUCAUCCUAUAAACAACCUGUUACAUAUAUGUGAUGUAUUAACAUUAGAUCCGAAAAGUGUACCUACUUUCAACUUGUCAGGAACUUUGUGUGUUAACUAAUGACUUUCCCUGACCAUGAGUCGCAAAGGCAGUGCAGAUAUGAAAUCGAUUCCUCACACUCGUAUCAAUGAUGAGACUUGGAUAUGGGAGAAAUAUGAACCAGGGGAGAAAAUCGGACAGGGAACUUUUGGCAAGGUGUUCAAGGUCAAACACAAGGAGACUGGCAAAGACUGGGCCAUGAAGGUCAUCAACAAAGAAAAGGCUGGUGGACCAGUUAUUAAGCUACUGGAGAGAGAGGUGGGCAUUCUGAAGCGUGUUCAGCACGAACAUAUCAUCAGCCUGAAUGAAGUGUUUGAAACCGCCAAGAAAAUGUACUUGGUGAUGGAGCUAUGUGAGGGAGGGGAGCUGGCUGAUGCCCUGAAGACUAGGGAGAGGAUGUCAGAGGAGGAGUGCAAGAUCAUCAUGUCCAGAUUAGCUAGUGCCAUCUCAUACCUCCACAAAAACGAUAUAGUCCACAGAGAUUUAAAGCUAGAAAACAUUCUUUUGGCCGUGGACCCAAAUAACCUAGAGGAUAAACUUUACAUCAAGGUGACAGACUUUGGACUAUCUGUGGUGAAAGGGGGUACUGGUCACGAUAAUAUGAUGCAGGACUUCUGUGGAACCCCUAUAUACAUGUCUCCAGAAAUUAUAGACAACAAGACGUACAGCCAAAAUUGUGAUGUUUGGGCAAUGGGUGUUAUAUUGUAUAUCAUGUUAAGUGGAACUCCUCCGUUUAAAUCAAAAGACGAGGACUCUCUGUAUGACCUGAUCAAGAAGGGGGAACUGGACUUCAGUGAUGAGUUCUGGGCCAACAUCAGUGUCAAUGCUAAAUCCUUUCUGGAGAAAAUGAUGCGAGUGGAUCCAGCUCAUAGACUAACUGCAACAGAAAUGUUACAUCAUCCAUGGAUCACUGGAAAUGAGACACAAAAAGAGUCAACCAAUGUGUUGGAACUGAUGAAGAUUUUCCGGGACGAGCAGAAUGAGCAGAACCAGAAGAUAGAGGACAGUGCAAUAAAUGGAGAGCUGAGCGGGCUCGAGCUGUCGGACCCAGAGGAAGGCUCCGAAAACAAGCCUGUGAAGAAUGGAACAGAGAGGAAAGGUUCCGGAGGAGUCAAAAAGCCAGGGUCAGGAGGAAAGUCAGGGCCAUCAACUUCACGCCAAAGUAGCCAGAGUCAUUCUCAAUCUAAACCUUCAACAACUUCCAAGAUUAGUGCCAAAACUCCAAACCCAACAAACAAUAGACUGUCAGUCAACAGCAGAGCCACGCCCUCUUCAUCAGGAAGGGGGCGGGGCACGAGGAAGUGACCAGUAUUACAGAGUAUUAAUUAAACCAUGUGCAGAGAGACAGUGCAUUGUGUUGCCUCUAUACUGUGUUGUAGUGAGAGAGAAGAUUUCAUGGUCUGGGAAAUAUACAUGUAUAAUUUGUGUGCAGUCUUAACAUUCUUGUAAAUUUUUUUUAUUAUGUGGACAGUAAAACGUUCUGUUGAUGAUUUAUUUUUUGUUUAGAGAGUUUGGAAGUAUGGUACUACUUGGUGUUUAUGUUUUGAAUUUGAAGCUCACUGCUGAUUUGUGAAUUCCGUCCAACUAGUUUUUGAUUGAUUCCAUGCAGUAUUAUAUCAUGUUUAUAAAGACCGUCCUUGUGUAUCAUAUACCAGAUAUUGUUUGUGAAGUUCCAUUCUGAUGUAUAGGGCAAGAUCCAGACACAGCUAAAGUAUAACCAUCCUUUGUCAGUAAUUUUCAAAGACCCAAUUCAGUGUAAGGACAAUAUAAUAACUUGAGAUAUUGCCAAUCAUAAAGAAAAUGAAGAAAGGAAAGGCACUUAGAAGCUAGAGGUUUCAUGGUCUGAGGUUAUGUUAUGGUUAGGGGAGCUUACUCUUGUUUUUAAUAACUUCCUAUAGCUUAUGUACUAAAAUUUACCCAACAGGUGCCUCUGAAGUUUGAGAUUUUUAUCAUCCUUAUGAAAUAGAUAUCAUAAAAUAUUUUGCUGUGUUCUAUCUCAGUGUUACCUGUAACAUUGUUUACACUCUAAAAGUGCCUGUUGGAUUUUUUUUAUACAUUCCUUAAUAUUGCGUUUUCAGCUGGAGGCUUUUUCUUACAUGUGAAAUUGAUAAUGAAUGUACUAUGCCAGUCUAUAAUUAUUAUAUAUAAACAAGUUACAAAUGAAAUUUCUAUUAUAAUGUUCCUGAAACCAUUGUUAAUUUUUAACUGAAUUUUUUUUUUCAAUUUAUUUAUUCUCAGGAUAAUUUCUAAUUUUUAGAAAAAUGAGAAACCUAAUAAAAUGGACAAUUGUAAUAUCUGGUAUUGUGCCAAAAUUGUCUCAACAGGGUUAGGAUGUGAGUCUACAUUAUUAUGUAGAAUAUGAGUGAUUUAAAAUAUUCAUGAAUAAACUGUCCCAGGUCUACUAUAAUUCCUAUUUUUCAUGAGCAUCUUGUUACAAUAUUAUUGUGUCUUGCCAUUCUGAUUUUGUAGUUUGUUUGUGGAGUAAACUUUUGCGUGUGUUGAUCAACUCAGAUGUGAAAAAGACCUGGUCGUAAACAUUACUUUUCACCGUAUAUUGUUUUUUAUACUAUAUGGUGUGAGUUGGUUAGAAUUGAAUAUUCACUCUGUUGGUUACUGUAGGUUUUUAAUUUAUUGCAAGGACUGAAUUUUGCGAUUCCACUGUUUUGUAACAAAUUGUGAGAAUCUAAAAUCAGGAUCACCAAACUUUUGUAAUAGUUUUAUAUAGUUUUCACCUGCCUGAAAAUAAAAGCAAGAUUUUAAAAUCUGAGAUGCACUUCUCACAAUUUUAAGCAAGCAUUAAUUCCUUGCGAUAAAUUAGGAAUCUGCAGUAAUUCUUCUGUGCUUAGAUAACUAUAAGAUGUAAACUUACCUCCUAAUAACAUCAGCAUUGACAUUGUUUGGUGUUAUGUUUUGAAUAUAUGUACAUUUAUAGUGGUCUUUACAGCCCUUGGUUGAUUUUUCUAUGUAUUCUGAUACAGAGAGGCCUUUCAUUAAAAAAAAAAAAUGUGUUUUCGAUCAAAGUUAUCGACUAGACUGCUGAGCCUGACUUUGAAAGACUGGUAGAUUGUGUUUUAUAAGAACAUAUCAUUAUGAGUUUCUUCUAUGCAUGUUUGCCAAACAGGUUUAUUGCUCAUCCCAAUCCCUACAGGUAUUUUUUUUUUAAACUUUUGUUACAAAAAAAUUGUAUUCACUAUUGAAGUGAAUAAAAACAAAGCACUUUCAGUACAACAAUAGGUUAGUGGUUAGGUCCUGAUGUGUUUUAUAAAUAGUUUGAACACAGUGGUUCAGUUUAUUUUUUUAGAAUCAACAAUAUGGAGGCAAAAAUGUACAGUUAGAUAUCUAGUUGUGGUUUAAGCUGUUUUAUAAUGUUCCAGUUGUCCAUAUUAGUGCUAGUGUUCACACACUUGUAUUGAUUUUCCAAAGUCUAAUUAUUUGUUAUUUUGAUUGUUGAAAGGAGAUAAAAAAGUUAGUAAUUUAAAAUCAAAAAUAUUUUUUCCAAGUUAAGUAUCUGAAUUGUGUUCAUUUGAUGCAAGAUGUAGAAUAACACCGUGAUCAUAUUCAUGUUAGGUAAAAUCAUCUAUUUGUUUUGUGAUGAAUGUCGGUUAAAAUUUUCAAUAAAGGGAAGAAUCAAAUAAAAUUUUUAAAAAGGUAAA